AUGAGUCUUCCCAGCAAGCACCUGGAAGAGCUCCGUCAGGAUGCUGAGCGACUCGCCGACCAGCUGCUACGCUCCAGCAGCAGAGAUGAGGCCCUGCAGAUUGCCAUCCAAGCGGUAGAGACUUCGAUGAAGGCGUUGCGGCUGGUGUCCGACCCCAGCGAGAAGGCCAAGUAUACCGCCAGAGCCCAGGUGUUGAUGCGGGAAGCAGAGGAGAUCAAGAAGAGUACGGACUGGCGGAGAAUCAUUCCACAGAGCUCUAUCGUGCGCAGUGCGGCUCCCCGUCCGUCUGUCAUCGCAAAGCCUCUCAAGGAGCCUGUCAAUUCGCGAGAAUUACCGAAGAGAGAGCAAAUCAUCAAGCUCAAAGCCGGCUGGCUCAAUGGAGUCAAGUUUCCCGAAUGGUCCGGGCCUCCAGAUGCGAGCGAGUUCCAACUCAAAGACGGUGAGAAUCUAUUCGUGUAGGUCUUCUUCUUUCCACAUUCCGCUUCCCGCUAAUUUCGACUCCAACAAGAGACGAAUCCUCUGAACUGCCACUAUCCGACUUUCAGGCAGAGGUCUUAGACGGCUGGAAACGGCCCAUCGACGCUUUACCGCCCCCGCUCUGGUUUCCUGGCGACCGCACGAAUGUAGGGCCUGUCAUGCACACCCAUCGAGAUGUCGAUCUGGUACAGGAUGCCGCGACUGAUUGCUCGGUGGUUGCUUCUCUUUGCGCUGGCCUGGCUCGAGCUCAGCGCGGCCACACGAGCAUCUUGUCCUCAACCCUCUAUCCCUACGAUUUCGAAAACCGGCGACCACAGAUCUCGAAGAACGGAAAGUACAUCGUCCGGCUAAACUUCAACGGCUGCUUUCGGAAGGUUGUUAUCGAUGAUCGGAUACCCACCACUUCGACAACUCGAGUCAUACACGUGGUGGACCGGAAUACGCCGGGAUUAUUGUGGCCUGCAUUACUGGAAAAGGCAUAUCUCAAAGUCAGAGGUGGAUAUGACUUUCCCGGCAGCAAUAGCGCCACAGAUUUGUGGAUUCUGUCAGGGUGGAUUCCAGAACAGGUGUUUCUGCAAUCAGACGAGAUGGAGCCGGAUCGAUUCUGGAAGCGGAUUCUGAAUGGAUUCUCCUAUGGCGACGUGCUAAUCACCCUGGGUACCGGCAAGAUGUCUAGUAAGACAGAGCGGGCCAUUGGACUUGCCGGAGAGCACGACUAUGCCGUGCUGGAUGUGAGAGAAGUGGAAGGUCAAAGGCUGCUUCUGAUCAAGAAUCCAUGGGUGGAGGGCACAAGUUGGCGUGGAAGGUUCAAAUCCGCGCCGAAAGCAAGCAAAAGUAAUUCAAAUCAGGACGAUUUACUGAUCCAGCUGGAUGAUGAGGAGCCGGUGGGGUCGCCGAGAGAUCUCCUCAAUGUCAACGAUCAACUCACGCCGGGAACAUUCUGGAUGGAUCUGGAUAACGUACUCCAACACUUUGAGUCGAUUUACCUAAAUUGGAAUCCUGGCCUGUUUGCUCACAGACAGGACAUUCACUUUGCGUGGAAUCUGUCAGUAGCGGAAGGUAGCGUCAAGAGGAACUGUGGGACGCACGCAAGUUUUCGGCACAAUCCGCAGUAUACAAUUUCAACAUCCAAGAAAGAACCAGUAUGGCUUCUGCUGUGGAGGCACUUCAGGAACUCCGUUCCGCAGGACGCGCUCCCUGAAGACAUGGAAGGCGGGCGCCAGUUCAUCGACUUGAAUGGUCACAUUACGUUGAUCGUCUUCUCAUCGAAAGGACGCAGAGUGCUUCUGUCUGAGCGACAUCUGCAAAAGGGGUGGUUCGUGGACAGCCCGCAGACCAUUCUCCAGCUGGAGGACUGCGAGCCCGGCGAGGUGUAUACUGUUGUCCCACUCGAGCAAGGUCUGCCGGCAGAUGAGCACCAUUUCACAAUCUCGGCGUUCAGCAGCUCGCCGAUUAGGCUUUCCGAAGCAGCUCCACGUCACGAAUAUGCUACAGAGAUUGCUGGGUCGUGGACGAAAGAGACGGCGGGCGGCAAUGCACAGCAGCCGACGUAUUGCGAUAACCCACAGUUUGCCAUGACAGUACCACACAAGAGCAGCAUCAGCCUGUUGCUGGAGACGAGCAAUCAGCAGUUGAAUGUGCAUGUCAAGCUGCUCCACAGUAAUGGCAAGCGGAUGUUCCGCGUCCAUCGUAAGGACAUUAUCGUGGACAGCAAAGAAUAUCGGCCCAACUGCUGUCUCGCGGAGUAUGAAGAGCUGGAUGCGGGGCAGUAUACCAUCAUCUGCAGUACGUUCGAGCCUGCACAACUGGGACACUUCACGCUGCGGGGCGAGUCUUCGCAGCCCGUCAGUGUAUCGCAGCUGCCUCGUGAGGGUGCCGGAAGGAUCCGAUACGAACUCAGCGCUGCUGCUUUCAAGAGUGGAGAGAGCAAGAUUGCUGCGCCGAUGCUGCCGAAACGACUGGUCAAUCUCUACGCAAUCGCACGACAUGCGGACGCACAGCGCUCGAAUGGAGUGGUAUCUCGCAGAUCCAACCAUUCACAUAUCCGAUUGAGCAUUGAAUUUGGGAGAGGGCCUCAACGGCGUAUCCCCAUCGCAUCGAAUGGCGGAGAGUACUCGGAUAGUGCCGGUGCUGUCCGGACGGAACCAAUCGAUCUCAGUCAGGAGCAUUACCGUCGAUAUGGAUAUCGGGACUGCUGGAUCGUGCUGGACCGGAUGUACGUGAGUUCGGAGUCGCAGGAUGAGAGAUUCUCGGUGGAGUUGUUUGUUGAUCAACCCGAUGCUAUUGAGGUGGGCGUUUGGAGGGCCUGGGAGGACUGA